UAAAAAUUGAAAAAGCAGCAUAGGACGUGUCAACAGCAGACCAGACUGGUGGUCGAAUACGGGGGGCCAAGGCACAAGUAUCAAGUAGUAUAUCAGACACCAUUCGUGUACCACCUCCCAUCAUCCGCCGUCAAGCGUAGUGCGGCAACUGGCUAUUAACCGACAGACAUACCGUUUACCUGUUGCUUAAACAAGUUUCGUGAUGUUAAGAAAUUGAUUUCAAACCGAAAAUUUAGUUUUAGUGAACGUAGUGAUGUCGAACGAAAAAACGCGCUUGUGUCACAUUCAAAAAUGGGAAAAUUUCGACGGGUACGGUUUUAAUUUACACGCUGAAAAAGGUAAACCUGGUCAAUAUAUCGGCAAAGUGGACGAAGGAUCGCCUGCUGAGGCAGCAGGCUUAAGACAGGGCGACAGAAUCUUAGAAGUUAACGGUGAAAGUAUCGCCAAUAAAACACAUAAACAAGUAGUAGAACUCAUAAAAUCUCAAACAGGGGAAACUAAACUUCUCGUAGUUGAUUCCGACGAAGACGGUAUCAUUCCUACAGACGUAAAAAAUCACGAGAAACAUGAAUAUUCCAACAGCAGUAAAAGAGAAGAAAACGGCCAGUUAAAUCUCAGCAUGACUGCUGCCGAAUUACGAGCGAAAUUGGCGGCCAAAAAAAAAUUCGACCCCAAAAAAGAGGCCAUGGAUUUCAAACAGAAGUUCGAUAUUGUACAGAAAUUGUAAAGUGAAAAAAAAAAUCGACAAACAAUCUUGUGGAAGGACGAAGUGACCUUGCGCUUCACAGGUGUUAUAUAAAUAUCGUGACAUGUGCAUUGUAAACGGAACUAACGAACUGCCCAAUUGUUCAAAACACAAAUAAAUUAUUUGCCAAGAUUUUUUUUUUGUAAAAUAUUCCAAACAAACAUCAAACAUUCUAGUAAAAAUUUUUAAAAUUUCACGUAUUUUGUUUUUCAAUUUAGUCGAGGCUAAUUUUAACAAAUGGAUUGUAUGUCAAAAAUAUUUUAUUUGGUAAGUCUUUUUUGGAUUUCUGUACAUUUUUUAUUUAGAUGUAGGCUUUUAUAUGGUAAUCCUUCGAAUACGUAAUUACCUAAUACGAACAGAUUAUAAUUUUUGUGGUAACUACUUAGAAUUAAAUAACUAGAAGAUUGUGCAAGACGCGUUCUAUGAAAUAUUACUAAUAGCUUAAUGCCCAGUAAACGCAAAAAAAUAUUGCUAUAAAUAAAAAAUGAUUCAUAUCAUUUAGAUUGAAUUCUGAUACACAUCGUGGUAUAUGAAACAAAUUUGUAAUCAUUUGGACACUGACUGAAAAAAUUUUAGUUUAAAUUUAAUUUUUCUGGAAUUUUCGAUAGCAGCAAGCCAAUUUCAAUGGUAAUAUUGAAACGAUUUUUUGUUUAGUCAUAUACCUAUUAAUAAUAACUUUUUUAAUAACAUUUUAUACUUACAGAAAAAUAUAUAGGUGACUAUAUUAAAAAUUCAUUGUAUAGAGGACCUAGAUAUACUACAAUUGUUUAAAAUUGUCUAUCAUUAUGCAUGAAGAAAGUAAUUUUACAUAUAAAGCAAUAAAUGAGAAAAUAUCUUUCAAUUAGAUAUAAAUAUGAUAUAAUCUUACAUUCUUCUAUUAUCUUGUUACCCAAUACGACGUAUUCAUUUUCGAAGCUUAGUUUUGUGAGAUCUGCCGCGUAACAGCAAAAAGUGAAGGACCUAAAAUCAAAAAUGUGCUAAUAGGUGAAGAACUAAUUUUAAAACAAUGCAAUUGUUAAAUUAUCCAAUGAACUAUGAAAGAAACAAUUUAUUAUUGCAUUAGAAUAAUCAAAGGCAUAAAAACAAAAAAAUAUUAAAAUCCUAGCAGUAAAUCUACAAGUUUAAGUGUUAAGUGUCUAAAUAAUUUGAAUUAUUUCCAAUUAUAUUCAUUACAUUACAUUUUAUCCUACAGAUUAAUCUAUGUCGAAUUAAGAUAAAUGCUUUUAGUUUUGUUCACAUUUCAACGUGACUAAUUUAGUAUUCAAAUUUUUCAAUUUUUAUAAAAUACUAUUCCUCGAAUAUCAUUUUUGAUGGGCAGUUAGUUUAGCUCGUUUGCAUAGACUACUAUCUUUUGAACACGAUUUAAAUUGUUUUUUAAAAACGUCGAAAUAGGAAAUUAAAUUUAUCUUUUUGUCCUCAUAUCAUAGCUGCCGCUAUGUGAUACAGAAAGUACAGUUUACUGGGUAUUAGUAUUGUUUGUCAAAAUAGCGAAGUUUAAUAAUUUCUAAAUAACUUGAAAGCUAUACAAUACAUCCUUGAUUAUCCAUUAGAUUUGCCAUUCAUUUUAUAAUAGCUUAGUUAAUUAUGACGCACUCCGUAUAUCUGUUUCUGUCAGUCAUUUAGUUGUUUCCUGUUACAGAAAUUGUUAGUUUGGUUCACACUCUUCAGCACUGUUAUCUAUACACUAAUUUACUUCAGUUUAAUAAAUUGUUGAAGUUUUAAAAAGUUUGUAGGACCACCUUGUAUACUAGUUAUAGUGGAUGUUUAGACACACGUCAUCACUUCUACAAAAGCAGAACCUUAGUAGAAUCAGUGUAAGCAAAAAGUUAUGCUUUUGGUUUCAAUGGAUUCUAUGAACUGCCUUAUAUUUCUAGUAAAGGUAUUUAAUAUAAAAUAUAGGGAAAGAAUCUAAAGAAAAUAAUUAUUUACUUAAAAGUCAUUAGCAUUAUUAUUUUGUUUACUGUUAGCUGAGCUUUGUCUAUGAAGUACACUCCCUCCUGUAUAUAAGGGUACAUGGGCAACAGCACUUUGAUGCAUAGAAUACAAAAACAAAUUAGAGCCACAAUUUUAAAAUAAUCAUUUUUCCAAUGUAUCAAAAUCGUUUGUAUGAUUUCUACUUUAGGUUAAAAACAGCUGUUAGAUGAUGAUGUCAGUCUAAAUGUCCCGCUGACUUGUCCAGCGAUAUAAUCUAUCUAUUAUUAGAAAUAGUCUUAUUGGUCCCAUUGAAUUUAAUUAUGGUUGAAAUUUGACUGUUUAUUUUUAGGUUUUGUAUACUUUCAUUGUUGUCAGUUAGUAUCUGAAAUUUGAUUUUGUCAACCAAUAAUCCACUCAAAUAUAUUUUGAAGAAUUUUUAGCUAGUUAUAUUCUUUGCAAAAAAGGGAAUCUCAUGUUUUGUUAUAUUUUGUUAUAAGAAAAAUAAAUAUGUUUUCAAAA